UAAAUAAUUAGACUAGUACACAACGUCUUGCAGUACGCAUGUUUAAUGUGACCGAAUCAAACAAUCUUUUAUCGGAGUAGUCCAAGCUGGGAAGUCAGUUGAGUUCGUGCAGUUCCGGCGCCUUGUCUAAACCCUAAUCUUUGUAACUUCCGGUUGCAAUCCUGAUGGUCCACGGAUAGACCGUUACAUGCUGUCGCUUACCAUCAGCUGCAGUACCAUGAAUGUACAAGGAUCAUUGUGGGAACAUCUUCAUUAAAUGGAUCAUUUGGUGCAGACUGCAGUAUUCUCACUUCGAAAAUCCUGCGCCGCUAACAAUGGUGGUUUUUGUGACCUCUAAAUACAUGUAUGCGGCUUUUGGGGGAGUUUAAGAGAUACUUCAUGUACUGAAGAACAAUUUGCUCUGGAAAUUAAGCUUGCUCGAGCAGAUUUACAGAUGAAGUCAAUCAAGAGCGCUUUGUCCAAGAAGAGUGACGAAUCCGCGAAAGAGUCUAAGAGAACUGUUGUGGAACUUUUGGAAAGUCAGCUGACAGAGCCCGAAGUAACAAUAAACGGGGAUGCCUCCAAGAAAAAAGCGCCCCCUGCCAUCGUCCGUGGCCAGUCAAAAUACGGUCUGCAACCAUGGAUCAACAGCGUGACCAUCUUCCUCUUCGAAGGCCGCGAUCUACCGGCCAUGGACCGCAACGGUCUCAGUGAUCCCUUCUGCAAAUUCCGUCUGGGCAGCGCCAAAUAUAAAACCCGUGUGGCGUAUAAAACCCUCAAUCCGCAAUGGAUGGAGCAGUUUGACCUGUUCAUCUGUGACCCCGAUGACCGCACCGUGGAGAUCACGGUGUGGGAUUGGGAUCGGGGCAUGCGCAAUGAUUAUAUCGGGAAGAGCGUCAUUGAUCUGGCGGCGAUUGAGGCGGAGAAAAUGAAAGAUAUGUGGGUGGAGGUGCGGAACGAGAUGGGGGAAGUGUGUGGAUCACUGCAUCUGUCGCUGCUGAUCAGUGGAGGGAAGAUGACGGCCGACAAGAUGGGCGAUGAGACGGAUUCACCCCGCGAGGAGGGUGUCAAUGGCACUGGCAUGCAGCGGACAGCCAUGCUGGAAAGGUACAGCUGGAAAAAUUCCCUGACCGAUAUUGGGGAUGUUGGCAUGCUCACUGUUAAAGUUUUCAGAGGAUGUUCAUUGCGAGCUGCCGAUUUAAAUGGAAAAUCUGACCCAUACUGCAUAUUGCAACUAGUUAAUGCCCGUCUGCAGACCCAAGUCGAGCCCAAGACACUCGACCCGGAAUGGAACCGCGUGUUCACCUUUCCGGUGAAUGAUAUCCAUGCAGUACUGGACAUCACAGUCAUGGACAUGGACCAAGACAAAAAAUCUGAUUUUCUGGGUCGUAUCGCAAUACCAUUGCUACGAGUACAAAAUAAUGAACGGCGUUGGUAUGCCCUGAAGGAUCAAAAGCUGCGAGGUCGGGCCAAAGGAUCGAUUCUGCUGGAAAUGGAGAUGAUCUAUAAUCCCUUUCGAGCCGCUUUUCGCACUCUUCAUCCCAAGGAAGUUUACUUUGAUAAACAUGAGGGGAAAUUUAAAACACAGGUUUUCGUUCGGAAUAUUACGCGCUUGAAAUGCAUUAUGUUACCGGCUCUAGAAUUUGGCCACUUUUUACAAAGCUGUUUUAACUGGGAAUCACGAGUUCGUUCCAUGACUGUUUUUAUCUGUUAUCUUCUGACUGUGUAUUUUUUCGAAAUGUGGAUGGUACCUGCGGGAUUGGUGGGGAUAUUUUUAUUAUACUUCCUUAAAUUAAACUUUUUAUCUUCGACAUACACCCGCGAUCCGCGCGAUGAUGAGCUAGCCGACUACUUAGACCAAAAAGUUGAUUCGGACGAUGAGGAAGACGAUACCGUUCGAUCCCUUUCUGGCAGCAGCAAAACAUCCAGUGUGACCUUAAUGAGCCGCAUGCGCGUGGCACAAGAGCAGCUUAAAGUCGUACAAAAUCUUAUGGGAUUCGUGGGUGAUUUGGCUGAGAGAAUAUCCAACACAUUUGACUUUACGGUGCCGUGGAUAUCAUAUUUCACUAUAAUUCUGCUCACUGCGGCCACCGUGGUACUGUAUUUCAUUCCAAUCCGUUUACUGCUGCUGAUUUGGGGAGUCAACAAAUUCACAAAAAAGAUACGGAACCCCAACGCUUUGGGCAAUAACGAGAUACUGGAUUUAUUGUCCCGCGUAUUCACGAAUGAAGAAAUUAAAACUUACAAAGAACUUCGUCCAAGAGACGUUCCAAAUCAAGCUGCUGUAGGUAUUGUGUCCACUAACGGGACACUCACUCGUGGACAAGGAGUUCGAUGAGAAAAAGUAUUUUUAACCAUCCAUGCUGCGCUUAUUGUUAGUUCAUUCCUGAUAUGCUACGCAACUUGUGAUAUUGUAUUAAAUGGAGUAGUUUCGAUAACGGCAGUCUGCCUUUAAUGAUCGAUGUCUUUCUGAAAUUUCUAAUAAAGAUGAUU